UUGUAUUCGCAUUAUUUAAAAAAAUCGUUCGUGACGCAGUUGUUUUGCUGUCUAUAUUGUUCUUAUCCCACGUAAAAUCUAUCCUCGGCAUAUAUUUGAGAAAAACAACAAACCAAUUAUAGUGUUCACGACCACGACACAACUUUAAUUUCUACUUUUUAAGUUUGUGUGUUGGAAAUUUCACCUUUGCAGACGAUGAGACUUAUCGGCAAAAACGCACUUUGGGCUAGGAGACGUAAAAAUAGGACUGGUGUCAAGGGGAACCUUUUCAAAAAUACCGUUAAAUGGUUGUUCUUUUCGAAUUUUAAUGUCACAAAACUGGAAUUUCUCCGAAAGGCCAAACUGACUGUUUUGGCAAACGUACAGGCGAAAUUGCGUAGUGGAUCCAAAGGAGACUUUACACACAAUGGAAGUUUUCACGAAGCAAUCGCCCCUGUCCUUGUUAUGGCACAAUGCUUUACCAUUAUGCCAGUGAAAAAUGUCACAGCAAAAACGGUUUCACAGUUGAAUUUCUCGUGGCGGAGCGCUAGAACAAUAUACUGUUGCAGCUUUACGAUCGUCUCUGUUCUAUACAAUGGGAUGGUGAUCUGGUGGUCCUUUUCGAAUGAAAUUGAUUUUGAUAAAAUUGUUCCAGUGAUCUUCUACACAUUCUGUUCAUAUGCUCGGAUAUGUUUCAUCAUUCUGGCAAUGAAAUGGCCGGCGCUAAUGGCAUAUUGGCGAAAACUUGAAAAGCAACUUCCUCCAUAUGAAAGCAUUCGAGAACAAUCAGAACUGGCGUACAAGAUUAAAAUGACUUCCAUCAUCAUCAUGACGUUGUCUUUGUCGGAACAUCUUCUGAACAUAAUAUCGAUUGUGAGUCACCUGCACACCUGUCACAAAAAUUUACCAGAUCCUAUUGAAAUGUACUUUCUAAUCGAGCUUAAUCAAUUGUUCUACUACUUCGAAUUUUCGCCAUUACUUGCAUUUGUUGGGAAAUUGUUGAACAUAAUGUCGACCUUUCUGUGGAGUUAUAUGGAUCUGUUUGUGAUCGUCAUCAGUUUGGGAUUAACGUCACGUUUCAAGCAAAUAAAUAAAAAUUUGUUGAAACAUAAAGGACAGAAUAUGCCCGAAAAGUUUUGGAUUGAAAAUCGAAUCAACUACCGCAACAUCUGUCGAUUAUGCCAAGCCAUUGAUAAAGCGAUUGGACCGAUUACGAUUGUGUCAUUUGGCAAUAAUCUCUACUUCGUAUGCGUCCAGCUGUUAAGGAGCUUAAAUCCGAUGCCAUCAACCGCACAUGCAGUGUAUUUUUGGUUUUCGCUUACAUUCCUUAUUACCCGGACGCUGGCGGUGUCACUGUAUUCUAGCGCAGUGAAUGAUCAAUCUAAAAUACCGAUACGUAUUUUUCGAGCUUGUCCAUCGAGCUCUUGGUGUCUGGAGGUGAAGAGAUUCUGUGAGGAAGUUACUACUGAUACCAUUGCCCUAUCUGGCAUGAAAUUUUUCUAUUUGACCAGGAAGUUGGUGUUGAGCGUUGUUGGGACAAUAGUUACUUAUGAAUUGGUACUGAUUCAGUUCCGUAAAAUCAGCGACAAGGCUACAGAUGGCUGUUCGUUUAAAAGUAGUGUUUGUCAUACCAAUCGAAACUCAACGACAAACAAUUACAAAGAAAUCAAAUUUGAUAUACGCCAUCAUCCAAUUCAAUCGAAUGUUUUACCACGAACGGUCGAUUUUAGUGCAUUUUAUCAGAGAAAUUGCGUCUACAGGAAAAUGCCUUCGAUUCUGAAACAAGAAAAAAGGUCGGUGCUUAAGAGACGAAAUAUGUCUCAUUUGAGCGUCGUCAACAUUGAGACCGUUCCACAACAAAAUAAAGUUUCCUUCGCCAAAUUUAAUUCAAUGGAAAUCGAAACGGAGACGCGGAAUGAAAGUUUUUUCUUUAGUGUCUGGCCAGUUAUAUAUGUGGCUCAAUUUAUGGGAUUUAUGCCAGUACAGGGCAUUCGAACUGGGGAUCCGUUUAAGUUCGAGUUCCGUUGGAAGACCUUUCGAGUCAUGAUAACAAUGCUGUAUUUCGUGUGUAGUGCAUCGAUAGCAACCAUGUACUUAAAUCGAAUCGCUCAAUUGGGAAUCAGCGCUAAGAACAUUGUCGGUUUCGUGUUCUAUACGUUUUGUUUGUUUUGCGGCAUUCUGUUUCUUUUCCUCGCUCAAAGGUGGAAAGAUCUGGCCCUGAUGUGGCACCGAUGUGAAAAGAUUUUUUUAAAUUUGCCGUACAAAGAAUGCGGAUGGAAACUAUCGACGAAAAUUCGAAUCACAGCCGCUGUAAUUUUAUUUCUUGCAAUAGUGGAGCACUUGAUGGCAAUCUUGAAUAGUGGAUUCAAUUUUCAUACAAAACUUGUUGCCUGCGAAGCAAACAUAAACGAUAAAUGGAAAUAUUUUUUCCUUAAUGAGUAUCAACACGUUUUCCCGUUAUUACCCUAUCAUUUCCUGCUCACCAUUUUGAUUGAGUGGUCUAUAAUAUCAUUUACGUUCGGUUGGAACUAUAUGGAUACAUUUAUCAUGUUGACGAGUAUCGGUCUGGCGACGAGAUUUAAGCAGAUUAAUCAACGACUGGAAGAGAUAAAAAAUGAACCGAUGGACGAAUCUUUGUGGGCUGAAAUCAGACAUCACUACGUUCUGUUGUGCGAACUCGUCGAAACAGUGGACCAAAAUCUAGCCGCUAUAACCCUACUGUGUUGCACGAAUAACCUCUACUUCAUUUGCUACCAAUUGCUCAACGUUUUCAAUAAGCUGCCGCAUUUCAUCAACUUACUUUACUUUUGGUACUCGUUGUUGUAUUUGAUUGGUCGUACAACUGGAGUGUUUUUAAUAGCUUCGUCCAUCAAUGAUGCGGCCAAAUACCCGGUAACAUUUGUACGGCAACGACAGACGACCGAAUGGUGUUCGGAGCUUGAACGAUUUGGCGAUCAAAUUUCCACACAAUUGGUGGCACUGUCGGGAAUGAAAUUUUUCUUCAUCACCAGGUCACUACUUUUCGGUAUGGCUGGCACAAUUGUCACUUAUGAAUUGGUGCUGCUGCAGUUCGAUGAAACUUCGUCAAAGAAAUCGGCAAAUGUAACUUUGCCGUUGUGUGACAUAUUUUUUAAAUAAGAAUCGUCUUCUUACUGCAGAAGUCAUUUAUUUCAGGUGUAAUAAAGUGUUGGACAUAAUAAACUGGUGGCUUUUUUGGAGUUA